AUGGAGCGCCGAGGCUUCUCGCCGUUGUUGUCCCUCGCGACUCUGCCGCCGGUGAUGGGUGGAAUGCGGGAAGAGCGGGUUGAAGCCGUCGUGGCUCGUGCAUCUCUCACCGCGCGGGGGUUUGAGCUGCAUUCCUGCGAUGCGAUGCGAUGCGAUGCGGUACGGAGCGGUACGGAGUGGUAA